ACCAAAUCCUCCGCCAUCGACUCCGCGACAAUUUGACAACCCUCGCCUCUACCCCUCGCUCUUCGACCUGUCCACCGGCGGAACUCUACACCUUCUUUCUUUUUUACCGAGUCGCCGAUCCCUUUUCAGUCUCGCACACAAUCCGCCAAAAUGGGCAAGCUAACCAGCACAAUCGGUAUCCCGAUCAAGCUUUUGAACGAAGCGCAGGGCCACGUUGUCACGCUCGAAAUUACCUCUGGCGUCGUGUACCGCGGGAAGCUCCUCGAGGCUGAGGACAACAUGAACGUUCAAUUGAAGGACAUCACUGUCACAGCGCGCGAUGGCCGCGUCUCGCAUCUCGACCAGGUCUACAUCCGCGGUAGCCACGUGCGGUUCUUCAUUGUGCCGGAUAUGCUGCGAAAUGCCCCCAUGUUCCGCUCACGAGGACAGCGCGGCCGAGGUGUUGGACUUGCGCGUGGUAAGGCGACGGUGCAGAGAGCCAGGGGACAACGAAGAGGUUAGACUGUUGGUAGUGAGGGGAUACGGAUCGGAAUCUGGUCUUGCCGGCGUUGGUGAUUCUUUUUUUUCAUGUUUGUCUUCUUUCAAAUGGUACCAUGUGAGCUUGUGGGACAGAUAAAAUCGUACAAUUUGAAUGGGUAUUCUUGAAGUGGUAGAUCCUCUAGGCC